UCCUCAUUUCCUUUGUCCAGGAUGAAAUCGAUUCUGCAGUAAAGAUGUUGUUAUCAUUGAAAAUGAGCUACAAAGCCGCCGUGGGCGAGGACUACAAGGCUGACUGCCCUCCAGGGAACCCGGCACUUGGGAGCAAUAGUGGCCUGGAUGCUGCAGAAGCUGAGGAGGAUUUUGUGGACCCGUGGACAGUACAGACGAGCAGUGCCAAGGGCAUCGACUAUGACAAGCUCAUUGUUCGGUUCGGAAGCAGUAAAAUCGACAAGGAGCUGGUAAACCGGAUAGAGAGAGCCACGGGCCAGAAACCACACCGCUUCCUGCGCAGAGGCAUCUUCUUCUCACACAGAGAUAUGAACCAAAUUCUUGAUGCCUAUGAAAAUAAGAAGCCAUUUUAUCUGUAUACGGGCAGGGGCCCCUCUUCCGAAGCAAUGCAUGUAGGUCACCUCAUCCCAUUUAUUUUCACAAAGUGGCUGCAGGAUGUGUUCAAUGUGCCGUUGGUCAUCCAGAUGACGGAUGAUGAGAAGUACCUGUGGAAAGACCUGACCCUGGACCAGGCCUAUGGCUAUGCCGUGGAGAACGCCAAGGACAUCAUUGCCUGCGGCUUUGACAUCAACAAGACUUUCAUCUUCUCUGACCUCGACUACAUGGGGAUGAGCCCAGGCUUCUACAAGAACGUGGUGAAGAUUCAGAAGCACGUUACCUUCAACCAAGUGAAGGGCAUUUUCGGUUUCACUGACAGUGACUCCAUCGGGAAGAUCAGCUUUCCUGCCAUCCAGGCUGCUCCCUCCUUCAGCAACUCAUUCCCUCAGAUCUUCCGAGACAGGGCAGACAUCCAGUGCCUCAUCCCCUGUGCCAUCGACCAGGAUCCUUACUUCAGGAUGACGAGAGACGUCGCCCCCAGGAUCGGCUACCCUAAGCCAGCCCUGCUGCACUCCACUUUCUUCCCCGCCCUGCAGGGGGCCCAGACCAAGAUGAGUGCCAGCGACCCCAACUCCUCCAUCUUCCUCACGGACACCGCCAAGCAGAUCAAGACCAAGGUCAACAAGCACGCGUUUUCUGGGGGCAGAGACACCGUCGAGGAACAUAGGCAGUUCGGGGGCAACUGUGACGUGGACGUGUCCUUCAUGUACCUGACCUUCUUCCUCGAGGACGAUGACAAGCUCGAGCAGAUCAGGAAGGAUUACACCAGCGGCGACAUGCUCACCGGUGAGCUCAAGAAGACGCUCAUCGAGGUUCUGCAGCCCUUGAUCGCCGAGCACCAGGCCAGGCGCAAGGAGGUCACAGACGAGAUAGUGAAAGAGUUCAUGACUCCCCGGAAGCUGUCCUACGACUUCCAGUAACUCCUUUUAUAUGCGCUUAUAAAGAGAUGUAAUUUACCAAUAAUUCCAGCCCAAUCAAAUCCGCACCACCUGUAGGCUCUGUCACACGGUAAUUACUGGCCUGGUAUUUGGAAGCCCUGUGUGUGUGUGUACUGUUUUUCCCCAUCCUCCUUUCUGUCUCUUGGGGGCAAAACCCUUGGGGUGAAUGGGUGCCGGCUAAUGUUUCACGGUCCAACAGUCCAGCUGGAGUCUCUCCCACAGAGCAGCCCCCACGUGUGGGACCUUGGGCUGCACGUCCACGGGCCGGCCUGUCCAGUCCACAGGACAGCUGCUGCCGUUCCCCACACCCUGGGAAAGAGUAUGGAGUCUGUCUGCAUACCUGGAAUCAGAACAGCAGUAGCAUAAAUUAAAGCGUGCUUUGAAAAGUCUACGUGGGAAAGUUUAAUGAGCACAGAUGUAUUUCAGCCCGUGUCCAAAAAAAUUUAAAAGAAUUGUCAGCUGAAAGCUUUGCUCUACGUUUGGCUAAGAGAGCUCGCAGCUUGAAAGCUGCUUUUCACGUUGAAUAUUGGCCCAAGUUGGCCGAGUUUUAUUAAAUUGAGUCUUCUGUGGGCGAGAGUCCGGUUCACUUAGCACACUCCAGACCAUGCAUGCACCGCACUCCAGAAAUCAUGCUUUUUCCUGAGCGUACUAAUACUUCCUUCCACCAAAUAAUCCUUGACACUCCGCCCUGAAAGCCAAUGGCCGCUUCACGCUGCGUGUGCCGGAUGCUGAGGGGUCUGUUGUCUUUGCAGAUGCUUUUGUUUUGACACUUGACUGCCGUGGAAGUCUGUCUGCACAGAGCAGUGCCCUGGGGCAGGUGGACGUAGCUAGAGAGCGCGUGGCAGCCCUCAAGGCCCUGAGCGGCACGUCCACGGGAGGCCUGGUUAACCGUGCACCCUGUGUAGUUUGGAAAAGUGGAAGACCUAUCUCAGGGAAGGCCCUGGGUUGAGGGGUCUGUGCUUUCUGGAGGUGUAGGGUCCACUCCCUCAUGUCACUCGUUGGCGUGAAUAAACUUCCUUCGGUCCUGC